GCUGUCGGUAUAUACGGGUCGCGCCAUACUUCCAUAAUAUGAUUUCAAUAAAAACAGAAUUACAAACAACACAAAUAAAGUGAAAAAUGAUAAAUAUAUAAUCGGAAUAAUAAACACAAAAUACAAUAAUCACAGACAGAUUCUGUAAAUAAUAUAGAAUUUAAGUGUUCAAAAAUGGCUACAAAUAUUGCAAGUACCUUGGCUACGGCAGCGGAAAUUAUACCAAAAAGUUUUACCUUUGGUAUCAUCGAUUAUAUUUUGUUCGUAUUGAUGUUGUGUGUAUCGGCCGAUAUCGGUGUUUACUUUGGUUUCUUUUCGAAAUCAAAAAAUACUACAGAUGAAUAUUUAAUGGGCAGUAAAAAAAUGAAAACUAUACCCGUUGCAAUAUCAUUAAUAGCAAGUCAACUUUCCGCAAUUGCAAUUAUGUCGGUUCCCGCCGAAAAUUACUCAUUUGGUUUUACAUAUUUUUUUAUCGUGUUGUCCUUAAUCCCAGUAGUUCCGAUCUUGAAUUAUAUCAUUGUUCCAGUAUUCUACAACAAUAACAUAUCAAAUUGUUAUGAGUAUUUAAAAUUGCGUUUCAAUAAGAGCACACGGCAAUUGGUAACCGCAUCUUUCGUUUUGAACGCCUGCCUCAUGUUACCCGUCUAUAUAUUUGUACCGGCUUUAGCAUUUUCUCAAGUAACGGGCAUAAAUAUCCACAUAAUAUGUUCAAUUUGUAUGUUCUAUACCAUGUUGGGUGGUAUUAAAGCUGUUGUUUGGACUGAUGUAGUACAAGCUGGCAUUAUGCUUUCUUCGGUGAUAUGAGUGGCUGUUUUGGGUACUCUUAAAGUGGGUGGUCUAAACAAGGUUCUGGAAUAUGCUGAUGAGGGUGGACGUCUGGAUUUUAACUUUUCAAUGGAUCCCCGUGUACGUUCGACCUUUUGGAAUCUGUUUAGUGGUGGCAUAUUUGUAUGGACGGGUCAUAUUGGACUACAUCAGAGUUGUGUUCAAAGAAUUGUAUCUUUGCCUUCAUUGCAACAUGCUAAAAAAGCUUUACUUAUAGUGGGUAUUGGAGUUUUCACUAUAAUGAGUUUCAACUCUUUCAUAGGACUGGUCAUGUUUGCUCGUUAUUUUGGUUGUGAUCCCAUCUUAGGUGGUAUCGUUGAAAAGGCGGACAAAAUGAUGCCUUUCUUUGUGCAAGAUGUUAUGGGCCAUUUGUUGGGCAUGCCUGGUAUUUUAAUUUCUUGUGUUUUUAGUGCUGCCUUAAGUACCAUGUCGGCCAUGUUGAAUUCUUUAGCCGGAGUAGUAUAUUUCGAUUACAUCAAGCCCUUUAUUAGGCAUACAGAUGCUCGGGCCAAUAAUAUCAUGAAAAUAUUUGUGGAGGCCAUGGGUUGCUAUUGUAUAUUGGGCGGUUUUGUGGUGGAAAAAUUUACAUCAAUUUUACAAAGUAUUAUUACAAUAACGGGCAUUAAUACAGGAGCAAUAGUGGGGGUAUUUCUGUUGGGCAUGUUUGUGCCCAGAGUUAGUGGCAAGGUGGCUUUCCUUUCAAUAGCGUUGGUGUCAUGUUAUGGAUCAUUAUCCAUGCCCAAAUGCGUUUUAAGUCAGGUUAUAUAAAAUACGAAGCCCUGCCCACCUCUUUGGAGCGCUGUGAAGCACUCAACCUGCAUGAAAUGCUGCAAAAAAAUAACAAAAGUGCCUGUCUCACUGGCCACUACCGAGGAGCCUCUUGUCACCGGCACUUUAGUUAGUAAUCGUGAUUUUCUAUUUACGAAGUAUCCUUUUAUUGGUAUAAUCUGAUGGGUGUCGUUUUGGUAUGGCUUUCGGCUAUACCUAUGAGUUAUAUUUGGAAACGUGUUAAGGAGGAUAAAAUGAAUCCCAAACUGUAUUCUCCCUUCGUUAAGAGUUUUCUAAAUCAACCUGCUGUCGAAAAGG